AUGUGUGCUGAAACCUGCUCAUCACAGCCCGAGGUGACCAACCGCGUCUACUUUGACAUUGAGAUUGGUGGCAAGGCUGCUGGCCGCAUUGAGAUUGACCUUUAUGGCAAGGAUGUCCCCAAGACUGUCGAGAACUUCCGUGCUCUGGCCACUGGCGAGAAGGGCUUUGGCUACCGUGACUCCAUCUUCCACCGCAUCAUCCCCAACUUUAUGAUUCAGGGUGGUGACUUUACCAACUUUGAUGGCACCGGUGGCAAGUCCAUCUACGGCAACAAGUUUGAAGAUGAAAACUUCAGCCUGAAGCACACCGGUCCCGGUAUCCUGUCCAUGGCCAACGCCGGUCGCAACACCAACGGCUCCCAGUUCUUCAUCUGCACCGUCAAGACCCCCUGGUUGGACGGCCGCCACGUUGUCUUUGGCAAGGUCUCCGAUGACAAGUCCAUGUCUGUGGUCAAGGCCAUCGAGGCCGUUGGCUCCCAGUCGGGCAAGCCCUCCAAGCGCGUUGUCGUCGUCGCCUCGGGCGAGCUCUAAACAGCAACUUUUUUUUUUUUUUUUUUUGGAAUGCACGACACAAUUCAUUGCUGCAAAUU